AUGGUCGCCAAACUUAAGAAAUACUUAACUGUCUGUUCUAAGCGGAAGCAUAGUAGUGAGAUCCGGAUCACACCAGAUAUAGUCCAGGCAGCUGCUACGAACGAGGUCACUGAAGAAAUGGUUAUGAGAUUACUACUUGAUGAACGUGGCAGUAAGAUCCAGAUCACACCAGAUAUAGUCCAGACAGCUGCUAAGAAUGAGUACAGUGGGGAAAUGAUCGUAGGCAUCCUUGAGUCCCGCCGUCCCGGUCAUUUCGUCCUAGUAUUCAUAUCUGCGACAUGGUUGAAAAUGGUGUUCGAACACAAGUGUCUUUUGUGUGGGAAGAAGUGGAUGAACUACACUGAUCUGACGCGACACAUUAGCCGAUAUGGAGACAACGAUCAGGUUCAGGGAAAAGAAUCGAGGAAUGCCUUUCCAUUCCUCCGUCUCCCUCCUAGUAAGAGAAAUCGCGGGAUCCUCUAUACCCCUCUUGUGCAAGGUAUCAUUAGAGAUCUUACAAACCCUAAAAAUACUGUCAAAAGGUCGACUUGGGUUAUUGCUUUUAGACAACUCCUCCAAGUCUUACAGUGGUUACAUUCACACCACCUAGUUCACCGAGACAUCAAGCUAGUUAACAUUGGGAUCGACCUCAAUCCUCUUCAUGUGUCAAUUCUAGAUCUUGGUGCAGUUGGCAAGCUCGAUAGUCAUACUGGAACGGUCCACUACAUUGCGCCAGAAAUGGAGAGUACGGACUAUAAUGGAAAGGUCGACAUUUGGGCAAGUGCUGUUGGUUGUGAAAUUUUCCUGGGUUCCCAUCCCUGGCCAUUAUCUGUCAAUCCAUGGCGCGCAGACAAGAAUCCAAGGCUUGACGAGUAUAAAAAACAUCACCGCUGUUUUGUGCAAUCUUUGAGACAGAAUGCAAAAAGCGAAACGACCAUGCCAGUGCUUUCUCUUAUCGCGGAUAUGUUGAACUGGAGCCCUAAAGCAAGGCAUUCUGCUCUGGAGGCCUUGGAAUAUCAGUUUUUCCUUGAUACUUUGAACCAGGAGAGACAAGGUAAUGUAAAACGACGAAAACUGAGUGCGGAUUGA